GGACAAUUUUGUAUUUUUACGUUUCUCUCUCUUACUUUUUCCCACUACUAAAUUUUACCUCCAAAACCCCUAUGAUGCAAUAAAAAAAAACGGAGGAAGUAUCAGAUUCCUCCUUAGCUAAUAAAUCCAAAUCUCCCUUCUACAUUAAUCUUACCCCAAAAAACAAAAUCACCCUCAAUUUUGAGCUUUCAAUUUCAUCAUUCACUCUUUAAUGGCAGCUCAAACUUUUUUCAAAAAAUUCUUCAUCUUUUUAUCACUAAUUUGCAUAAUUUCAAAUGCCCAAUUACAAUCAAAACAAGAUGGGUUUAUUUCUGUAUCAAUUUCAGAAAAGGGUCUUGAUUUUCUCAAAGAUUUAUUGACUGAUAAAGCAAUUUCUUCUCUAACCCCACUUGAACUUCCCCCAAUUGAGAGAACUGUAAGAAUUUUACUUGUGGGAAGAGUCAAAAUUGUUCUUUCCAACAUAAUAAUUUAUCAUAUUGAUGUUCUUUCAUCAAAUGUUGAAGUGGGUGAUGAUGAAAUUAGAAUCAAAGCUUCAAAAGCAACUGCUAAUUUAAGUAUGGAUUGGAAAUAUACUUACCAGAAUUGGUUUGUUGAAGUUUCUGAUCAAGGAAAAGCUUCAGUUGAGGUUCAAGAUAUGGAGGCGGGCUUAAAGUUAAGCUUGGAGAACCAAGGUGGUGGUCUUAAGUUGUCCCUCCUGGAUAGUAGAUGUGACGUAGAUGACAUCGAUAUUCAGUUAGAUGGUGGAGCGUCAUGGCUAUAUCAAGGGGUGGUGGAUGCCUUUAGUAACCAUAUCGAAUCAGCAGUUGAGAAUGCUAUUGUAAAGAAACUUAAUGAAGGGAUCUCAAAGAUUGGUUCCUUGUUGCAGUCUCUUCCUACAGAAAUAAAAGUGGAUGAAUCUUCUGCGUUAAAUGUUACCUUUGUUGGAGAUCCCACCUUAAGUGAUUCUUCCAUUGGUUUUGUGAUAAAUGGGUUAUUUAUUCCAAGGAAUGGAGCUCUGGCCACCCCACAUCAGCACCGCAUAUUACAAACUUCAGUUCCAUGCUUUACUCCUGCUAAGAUGAUAGCAAUGUCAUUGCAUGAAGAUGUUUUCAACUCUGCAGCUUUAGUGUAUUUCAAUGCAGGUCUUAUGGAGUGGAGAGUUGACAAAAUACCAGAUCAGUCUCUUCUGAAUACUAGCGAGUGGAAAGAAGUUGUACCCCAACUUUAUGAGCAAUAUCCCAAUGCCAAAAUGGCUUUGGACUUAUCAGUGGCUUCUCCUCCAUAUGUGCACGUGUUUGAUGAUGAAAUGGAAGCAACUAUCAAUGCAGAAAUAACAAUUAAUGUUGUGAGUGAUGGGGGAGCGGUGCCAAUUGCUUGUGGAUCUGUGGUAAUUAGUUCUUCAGGUUCCGUUGUAAUCUCAGGGAAUAACCUGACAGGCAACAUUGAACUGGAUAAGUUUAAUUUGUCAGCUAAAUGGAGUAAAAUUGGUGAUCUGCAGAUUGAUGUAAUUGAGCCAGUAAUCGCAGAGGUGCUAAAAGAUGUGCUACUGCCACAAUUGAACAUGCGUUUGAUAAAAGGAUUUCCUUUGCCACUGAUCCAUGGCUUCACUCUUCAAGAUGCAGAGAUUGUCUACUCUGAUUCUGUAGUUACUGUUUGUAGCAAUGUCGCAUUUACUGAAGAUCAGCUUCUGGCAAAACAUAGCUUUAGAGACAUGUUUUCUUUCCGUUUGUUCAUGUGAAAUAUACUUCAGUAUCCAUUGUGUCGUUGUCCCUAUUGUAACUUUUUGUAUCUGUAAUUUCCUUCUCCUGGUUGGAUAUUUCUGUAUUGUAAAUCAAUAAAUCAGAGAAGUCGUCUGUACUCGUUCUUUUGUUAAUACGAAGUAUCCCUUUUUUUCACCUUAAUU